AUGGCCAUUGUCAAGAACAUUUGUUGUAUCGGUGCCGGUUAUGUCGGCGGUCCUACUUGUGCUGUCAUUGCUUACAAGUGCCACGACAUCAAGGUCACCAUUGUCGAUGUGAAUCCUGCUCGCAUUGACGCCUGGAAUUCCGAUAAGCUCCCCAUCUACGAACCUGGUCUCGAAGAAGUUGUGUUUGACCGUCGCGGCAAGAACCUUUUCUUUACCACUGAUGUGGAUGGUGCUAUCAACGAAGCUGAUCUUAUCUUCGUUUCUGUGAACACACCUACCAAGAAGAGUGGUAUGGGUGCUGGUAUGGCUGCUGAUUUAGCUUACAUUGAAAGUGCCACUCGUCGCAUUGCACAAGUCGCCACGAGCUCCAAGAUCGUUGUUGAGAAGUCCACUGUGCCCUGCCGUACUGCUCAAAGCAUGCGUACUAUUCUUGAUGCCAACUCCACUCCCAAUGUAUCCUUCCAGAUCUUGUCCAACCCUGAAUUUUUGGCAGAAGGCACUGCUAUCAAGGAUUUAUUGAACCCUGAUCGUGUCUUGAUCGGUGCUUUGCAAACAGAGGAGGGUAUUGAAGCUCAAAAGGCCUUGGUGGAUGUUUACACUCAUUGGGUCCCUGCUGAUCGUGUCAUUACUACCAACCUCUGGUCCUCUGAAUUGUCAAAAUUGGCUGCCAAUGCUAUGCUUGCACAACGUAUCUCCUCUAUCAAUGCUCUCUCAGCCAUUUGUGAAGCUACUGGUGCUGAUGUGGAUGAAGUUGCCUAUGCUUGUGGUCGUGACACUCGUUUGGGUUCCAAGUUCUUAAAGGCAUCCGUUGGCUUUGGUGGUUCUUGCUUCCAAAAAGAUAUCCUCAACUUGGUCUACUUGUCUGAGCAACUCAACUUGCCCGAGGUCGCUGCUUACUGGAAGCAAGUUGUGAUUAUGAAUGAAUACCAAAAGAAGCGCUUUGUUCGCAAGAUCAUUUCGACUCUCUUUAACACUAUCACCAACAAAAAGAUUGCCGUCCUUGGUUUCGCUUUUAAGAAGGACACUGGUGAUACCCGUGAGUCUGCUGCUAUCACUUUGAUCAAGGACUUUAUCCAAGAGCAUGCCCGUGUCGCUAUCUAUGACCCCAAGGUUGAACAUGAGCAAAUCUAUAUGGAUCUUUCUGAGCCUGGUGUUGUGGAUACUCGCAAGGAAGUUGAAAAGCACAUUCAAAUUUGCUCCAGUGCUUAUGAAGCUGCUGAGGGUGCUGAUGCCGUCAUCAUUGUCACCGAAUGGGAUGAGUUCCGUGAUGAUCAACUUGAUUACAACAAGAUCUAUGCUGGUAUGCACAAGCCUGCUUUCCUCUUUGACGGCCGUUUGAUGGUCAAUGCUGCCAAGCUCCGUGACAUUGGUUUCAAGGUUAAUGUUAUCGGCAAGAAUGAGCUUGCUGGUACCGCAUAA